AUGGAGAUGAACAGAAGGAGAACAAGGGGGUUCAAGAUAGCUAAGCUCAUGCCCUUUUGCAAAGCUGGGAAGCCUCCAACUCCUUCCCAUGACCUUUAUAAUAAUGUUUACUACACUUCCUCCACCACCACUUCCUACGCUCCUCAACCUGAUUCCAAUAACUACGUAACUUCCACUAAUACUCCUCUCCCUCCUAAAGUGUCCUUCCUCCUUCAAUCAUCCGUGGCUCCUAAGGGUAAGGAUAUGGAGAAGAAGCUGAGCAUGAUGGCGGAGAAGCUGAGCGGUAGGGGGAUCAAUGGUGUGGACGAGAGCGUUGACGCUAGAGCCGCUUCUUAUAUCUCUUCGGUUCGAGAGAGGUUUAAGCUAGACCAUUGUGAGAGAGUGACGACUGUUAUUAGCUUAGAUGAAGAUGUUGACCAAUAA